CCAUUCAUACGUCUAUCAAUAAUUCCUUUAUCAUCACUCGUAUUUGUGAAUUGUGAUAUCUAUGCAUUACUUUAGUUCAGUUUGUCUUCAAUAUUAUAUUAGGAAAUUAAUAUUGUACAUAUAAUAAGACUUAAUACGUACGUGUAUUAUUUAAGCAGAGUAAACGAAUGCGAAUAAUAUAUUAAAAGGUGUACAAUACAAAAUUCCUAGAGGCUCGAUACAUAGCCGAAGGACGUUUUAACCUCUGAGCAAUUUCGCUCUUUUUAUUUCGAAUAACAUUUAAAUUAUGAAAGAGAUUACAAACGUCAUAUUAUGUCAAGCCCGGAACUGCACACAAUGCGGAGUUACGAGGAGGUGUUAAAGCAGCGGCAAGACGAUGAGGGACACAGCACCGCAACUACAAGCGAACAGGCUCGUAUUGAAGAGAUUGUACUUAAGUUUUAUCAGUCUUGUCACGGAGAGACCGAUCCGGUUUUGCUUAAAUACAAACACAUUGACCAUUUAAAGAAAUCAAUCGCAUUUUUGAGGGAGACAUACGAGUGCUUGGACUCGAGCAGACCAUGGCUGUGUUUCUGGAUAUUGCACUCAUUGGCGUUGUUAGGGGAUCAUUUAGACGAUGAGGCAAAUAACAAGGUAAUACGCUUCCUGGCCAAGUGUCAGUCGCCAACGGGCGGCUUCGGAGGUGGUCCAGGACAGUAUGCGCAUCUAGCUUCCACUUACGCCGCUGUAAAUGCAUUAUGCAUCAUCGGUACACAAGAGGCGUACGAUGUGAUAGAUAGAAAGAAUUUGAAGCGGUUUUUAUCGUCGUUACGCGGAGAGGACGGUUCUUUCUGUGUGCACGAAAGCGGAGAGGUAGAUAUACGAGGGCCGUACUGCGCUCUCGUUGCCGCCCAGCUGACAAAUGUAUAUACCCCGGAUAUGUUCAAAGGCACCGCCGAAUGGAUAGCCAAGUGUCAGACGUGGGAGGGUGGUUUCGGUGGUUGUCCGGGUAUGGAAGCCCACGGCGGGUAUGCGUAUUGCGGCUUGGCGGCGCUCGUAAUGCUCGGGAGAACAGAACUCUGCCGUUUGUCAGAGCUAUUGAGGUGGCUAGUGAAUAAGCAAAUGCGUCUGGAGGGCGGCUUCCAAGGACGUACGAACAAGCUGGUGGACGGUUGCUACUCGUUUUGGCAGGGCGGCUUGUUCCCGCUACUUCACGCCAUUCUGUUGAAGCUAGGAAAAACUUUCAACAACUCCGAGCACUGGCUGUUCAAUCAAGAGGCCUUACAAGAGUAUAUAUUAGUCUGCUGUCAACAUCCGUACGGCGGUCUUCUGGAUAAACCAGGAAAAGAACGUGAUAUAUACCAUACGUGUUACACGCUGAGCGGACUAUCGAUUGCACAAAAUUCGCCAGCGUCGAUUGUUAUCGGACGGAAAGGUACAAAUCGGGUGGAGGCGAUUCAUCCUGUUUUCAAUGUAGAAUAUUCUGCGGCGAGGAAAGCAGAGGAUUACUUCUCUACUCUACCAAUACCUGAUUGAUGCGUCUUAGCUAUCGAAAAUGUAUACUAAUCACGUUUGUAUCAUGUUUUUCCUAAAAAAUAAAAUUCCAAUUACAAGAU